GCAGAGCGCCUGCUGCUAUCUCCCGUGACGUGGCUAUAUCGGAGUUAGAGCGAGAAACGGGUAAGGUUGCUUCUUCAUCUCCUAUUACUUUAAUAGUAUAGCUGACUGUAUAUCUGAAAUCAAUCAGCAUAAUGUGGCUAUAUUGGGCUGCACUGUUUGUAACAUGCUAUAUUUUGUGAAAAAUAUGAAUUUUGUGCCACAAAAAUGCAAAACGUUGAAUUAUUUUGUGUCCAUUACUAAUGAAUCACUGUUAGUAAAUAACAAUUGAGUACAAAAGUUCAGAACUCUGAAAAUAACAAAGGUUUUGAUGAGAAUGUCUAGAAAACAGCCACUGUAUCUUCCAGUAAAUGUACCCGGCCGAGCCUGUGAUGGAUGCAAAUGUAUAAUAACGGCCCACUUUUAAAAUGUUUUACUGAACUACGAAUUUGAAUUUUCAUCUGAACACUGAGUGUUACCACAUCCACGGUUUUUAGCAGUCGACACAAACACCAUGGAGCCGAAGAGUUGGGCCACUCUGGCUUUCCUGGCCAUUCUUCUCUGGAUACCUAUUUGUGAGUAGACAGCUAACUUCGCCUACUCAAUGUAGGCGUCCUGUAUAUUACUAUCAGGGUUGGGGUCAGUUCAAAUUAAAGUCACUCAAUUCAAGAAAUGAUUUGAAUUUAACAUAAAAAAAAAAAAAACGGGAACAACUUUUGAAAGAAAUAGCUUCUCCUCUUUAGUCAUUGAAAAUUGAAAUCAAAAUCGAAUUAAUUUCCUAAAUUGACUGAAUUCAAUUCGAAUUGACCCCAAGCCUGAUUACUAUAUUACAAUAUCAAAGGUAUUGCUUGGCCUUCCUUUCUGUGGGAAAGCAAUCUAACAAGAUCAUGCAUUGUAAUUAAUACAAUACUUUGAAAAAAAGGUUAUAUCUAGAACCUAAAAAGGGGUUUUCAAAAGAGUUGUAUCUGGCUGGAACCCCAAAUCAAUCAAUCAAAUGUAUUUAAAGCCCUUUUUACAUCAGCAGAUGUCACAAAGUGCUUAUACAGAAACCCAGUCUAAAUCCCCAAAGAGCAAGCAAUGCAGACAUAGAAGCACGGUGGAUAGGAAAAACUCCCUAGAAAGGCAGGAACCUAGAAAGAAACCUGGAGAGGAACCAGGUUCUGAGGGGUGGCCAGUCCCCUUCUGGCUGUACUGGGUAGAGAGGAACCAGGCUCUGAGGGGUGGCCAGUCUCCUUCUGGCUGUGCCGGGUGGAGAUUAUAAGAGUACAUGGCCAUUAAGGCCAGAUCAUUCUUCAAGAUGUUCAAAUAUUCUUCAGAUGACCAGGAGGGUCAAAUAAUAAUCACAGUGGUUGUAGAGGGUGCAACAGGUCAGCACCACAGGAGUAAAUAUCAGUUGGCUUUUCAUAGACAAGUAUUCAGAGGUCGAGACGGGAGAGGGAGGGAGGGAGAGAGAGAUUGCUUUGUAAACAUAUGUUUCCCAUGCCAAUAAAGCCUACAUGUUCUCCCAUGGGGACAGCCGAAGAACCCUUUUGGAACGCUUUUUUUGUAUCUGUGUCUUAUGUUUUAUUUUUAUAGGCCCUGGAGAAAAUACAAACAAUGGAAAUAAUAAAAAUCCACCACGGAAUCGCCAACAAAAAACAAGGGAUAUCCAGAGUUUUCUGACUGCGGAUAAGACUAUUUUGAUAGUUGACGGUGGCUUCACAGGUACCCUGAAACCAUGUUGUGGUGAGUUUCAUUACAGUUUGUGAUGUAUGGGAUAUAGUUUUGAAUGAUAGGAGCCCGGAAUGAAUUACAAUGGUAUUGAAAACCAUAUGUGAGAUAUGGAAGAACUUCAGUUUAGUCGAGCUGCAGUGGCGGGCAAGCCUGUUAGUUCCAGAUUUGUUUGUUGUAUAGCCAACUUCUAUGACCAUGUUUGGAAUUAACCAUAGACGAUGCACAACUACGGGUGUCCAACCAAUCCACAUACUCCCAAUGUUGUGUCCCAAAGCUAGAAUUAACCAUAGACUAGCUUUUACCAAGCUAUCAUCUCCCUUCUUCACCAAUAGGAAACGGAUCUAAAACCACCACAACCGUAAAUCAAACGAUGUGGAGUGUUUCAUUCGACACUAACUCUACUACGCUUCAGCGUGAGUAUGACCCCACAUGCCAACAACAGUUUUGCAUACCUCUUAUUACCAAAAUAUUUACAUCUCAUUAAAAUGACUUAUUCCCUUUUUGUUUACUUGGGUUCUUAGAAGAAUGCAAGGAUUGGGGAUUUUGGAUGCAGGGAAGUAAAUAAUUCCAAUCUUCUGUACACGUCAAAGACGUACGUGAACAAUGGCAUGGGAUUGUUUCUGUGUGUGAUGGUUGGAAGGAAUUGCAGCAAGACACUGGACUAUGUCAGGAAAAACAUUACAGGUUGAAGAUGCAGCCUCUUCCUAUUAAUGAUGCUAAUGUUUUAUAACGUCACCUCCUUCUUCUUCUUGUCAAAAUAAUAACAAGUGCAUUUUGUUACAGCUUGCCGUGGGACAUGUCCUCUCAUCGAAAAUAAGACAAGUAUGUUUUUUUAUCUUCCUGUCUAUGUUGUCCAGUAAAGAGUUUCAGCAUGUGCAUAUAGAAAUAGCGCUGAAUGUCUUUCAAUCCAAGCCGUGACAUACCUCAGUUCACUAUACAGCUGGCAAUGUUUUAACGGCAUUUUCCGCUGAUGUUCGCGGAGAUCGCAUUCACGGUAAACACCUCGCGCGUCAGCUCAACCGGUAAGUUACCUUUUUAAAGUCUGUUAAAGAAUUGAAUCCCUUAUUUUCCAUCCACAGCCAACUGCAGUGUCUCCUGUUUCAACACCACUACACUUUGCAAUGGAACUGCGUAUAAGCAGGAGUCCUGCAAAGGUAAGAACCUGCUGUAUGUCCCAUGCUGCCGUGAUUAUGUCAUUGUGAGAUGCAGUGCUCCCUUGGUCUCGAUGAGACUCCCCGCUAAAAUAAAGGUUAAAAAAUAUACACUGAACAAACAUACAAACGCAACAUGUAAAGUGUUGGUCCCAUGUUACAUGAGCUGAAAUAAAAGAUCCCAGAAAUGUUCCAUAUGCACAAAAAACAUAUUUAUCUCAAAUUCUUAGCACAAAUUGAUUUACAUCCCUGUUAGUGAGCAUUUAUCCUUUGCCAAGAUAAUCCAUCCACCUGACAGGUGUGGCAUAUCAAGAAGCUGAUUAAAUAGCAUGAUCAUUACACAGGUGCACCUUGUGCUGGGGACAAUAAAAGGCCACUCUAAAAUGUGCAGGUUUGUCACACAACACAAUGCCACAGAUGUCUCAAGUUUUGAGGGAGCUGUAAUUGGCAUGCUGACAGCAGGAAUGUCCACCAGAGCUGUUGCCAGAGAAUUUGCUGUGGGAUUAUUUAAGAUUUAGGGUUUGAUGUUUUCGGAAGAUGGGCAGGGACUCACCAUUGGGGUGCCAGGACAGAGAAGAGCUUGGACUGGGCUGAGCGGGUGCUGCCCUCCCCUAGGGGUGGGAGGGCCAAUAGACCAGAGGUGUAGGGUUUGAGCAUAGCCUGAAUGUAGGGAGGGGCAGUUCCUCUUGCUGCUCCUUAGGCAAGUAUCAUGGUCUUGUAGUGGAUGCGAGCUUCGACUGGAAGCCAGUGGAGUGUGCAGAGGAGCGGGGUGACCAGUAGUGGUGUGUGGGUAAAAUGAAUGAGGAAGCCCCUCUGUCUCAGUAUGUGUGGUCCAUAUAUCUGAUGCUGUCUGGACCAAAAGAGUAUAACAUGUUGCAGCCGUAGCGUUUGAUUGAUUGAUGCCAGCAAGCAUUUGGCCACUUGAUGGGAUUGAUGGAAAAUUAUUAAAACUCAGAGAGAGAGAUGUAAGAUACAUUAUUUUAGAAUUGAAAUGUAUUUAUUGGUCAAAUAUUUGGGGAAGCCUGGCUUCCCAUGGCAUCCAUGAACACCAGGCGAUCUGCAGCGUUCUCGAUAAAUUGCAGGGGUUUGAUGGCACAAGCGGGGAGCCCAGCCAACACUGAGUUGCAGUAGUCCAGACGGGAGAUGACAAGUGCCUGGAUUAGGACCUAUUCACCAUAUAGCAUACUGUAAUUCAGACACCUGCAGCGUGCUCUUGGUGGAAGGUGUUGGUUUAUAAAUGGUCAGAGCUGUGGUGAAGUGGUAACACUCCCCGGCACAGACUCCCCACCGGAAGCCAUGGUUCAAUCCCUUCCCACUUGCUCUCCUUCCUUCCUGCCUCGUUUCUGUCUAAAUAAAGUGAGAACACCUCAAAAAUAUAUUAAAGAGAAACGGUGUGUGUUUUGUUUUUAGAUCUCUUCUCAGGAGCCAUAAACCAAGAUAAAUUCAUCAUCGACGCAACAGCACCAAAGACUUUGUUUCAACUGUAAUGAACCAUUCCAAGACCCUGUGGAACAGUUGUAUCCUACAGCAACGUUUACCACUGAAAAGGGAGUUGACAUCGAUGGUGAAAAGGCUUCGUAAGAAUGACUCAAUCAUAACUAUUAUUAUUAUUAUAUCAUUCAUAGGGCCAGUUUCCUGGACAAAGAUUAAACUUAGUCCUAGACUUUAUAUUAUAUAUACAGUGAGGGAAAAAAGUAUUUGAUCCCCUGCUGAUUUUGUACGUUUGCCCACUGACAAAGACAGGAUCAGUCUAUAAUUUUAAUGGUAGGUUUAUUUGAACAGUGAGAGACAGAAUAACAACAACAAAAAUCCAGAAAAACGCAUGUCCAAAAUGUUAUAAUUUUUUUUUGCAUUUUAAUGAGGAAAAUAAGUAUUUGACCCCUCUACAAAACAUUACUUAGUACUUGGUGGCAAAACCCUUGUUGGCAAUCACAGAGAUCAGACGUUUCUUUUAGUUGGCCACCAGGUUUGCACACAUCUCAGGAGGGAUUUUGUUCCACUCCUCUUUGCAGAUCUUCUCCAAGUCAUUAAGGUUUCGAGCCUGACGUUUGGCAACUCAAACCUUCAGCUCCCUCCACAGAUUGUCUAUGGGAUUAAGGUCUGGAGACUGGCUAGGCCACUCCAGGACCUUAAUGUGCUUCUUCUUGAGCCACUCCUUUGUUGCCUUGGCCGUGUGUUUUGGGUCAUUGUCAUGCUGGAAUACCCAUCCACGACCCAUUUUCAAUGCCCUGGCUGAGGGAAGGAGGUUCUCACCCAAGAUUUGACGGUACAUGGCCCCGUCCAUCGUCCCUUUGAUGCGGUGAAGUUAUCCUGUCCCCUUAGUAGAAAAACACCCCCAACGCAUAAUGUUUCCACCUCCAUGUUUGACGGUGGGGAUGGUGUUCUUGGGGUCAUAGGCAGCAUUCCUCCUAGAGAUCCUGGUUCGAAUCCAGGCUCUGUCGUAGCAGGCCGCGACCGGGAGACCCAUGGGGCGGCGCACAAUUGGCCCAGCGUCGUCCAGGGUAGGGGAGGGAAUGGCCGGCAGGGAUGUAGCUCAGUUGGUAGAGCAUGGCAUUUGCAACGCCAGGGUUGUGGGUUCGACUCCAGUAUGAAAAAAUAAAAUAAUGUAUGCACUCACUAACUGUAAGUCGCUCUGGAUAAGAGCGUCUGCUAAAUGACUAAAAUGUAAAUGUAAUGCCAAAGAGCUCAAUUUUGGUCUCAUCUGACCACAACACUUUCACCCAGUUCUCCUCUGAAUCAUUCAGAUGUUCAUUGGCAAACUUCAGACGGCUCUGUAUAUGUGCUUUCUUGAGCAGGGGAACCUUGCGGGCGCUGGAGGAUUUCAGUCCUUCACGGCGUAGUGUGUUACCAAUUGUUUUCUUGGUGACUAUGGUCCCAGCUGCCUUGAGAUCAUUGACAAGAUCCUCCUGUGUAGUUCUGGGCUGAUUCCUCACCGUUCUUAUGAUCAUUGCAACUCCAUGAGGUGAGAUCUUGCAUGGAGCCCCAGGCCGAGGGAGAUUGACAGUUAUUUUGUGUUACUUCCAUUUGCAAAUAAUCGCACCAACUGUUGUCACCUUCUCACCAAGCUGCUUGGCGAUGGUCUUGUAGCCCAUUCCAGCCUUGUGUAGGUCUACAAUCUUGUCCCUGACAUCCUUGGAGAGCUCUUUGGUCUUGACCAUGGUGGAGAGUUUGGAAUCUGAUUGAUUGAUUGCUUCUGUGGACAGGUGUCUUUUUUAUACAGGUAACAAACUGAGAUUAGGAGCACUCCCUUUAAGAGUGUGCUCCUAAUCUCAGCUCGUUACCUGUAUAAAAGACACCUGGGAGCCAGAAAUCUUUCUGAUUGAGAGGGGGUCAAAUACUUAUUUCCCUCGUUUAAAAUGCAAAUCAAUUAAUAACAUUUCUGACAUGCGUUUUUCUGGAUUCUGUUGUUGUUAUUCUGUCUCUCACUGUUCAAAUAAACCUACCAUUAAAAUUAUAGACUGAUAAUUUCUUUGUCAGUGGGCAAACGUACAAAAUCAGCAGGGGAUCAAAUACCUUUUUCCCUCACUGUGUGUGUAUAUAUAUAUAUAUAUAUAUAUAUACACACACUACCGUUCAAACGUUUGUGGUCACUUAGAAAUGUCCUUGUUUUCGAAAGAAAAGCAAUAUUUUUGUCCAUUAAAAUAACAUCAAAUUGAUCAGAAAUACAGUGUAGACAUUGUUAAUGUUGUAAAUGGCUAUUGUAGCUGGAAACGGCUGAUUAUUAAUGGAAUAUCCACAGAGGUGUACAGAGGCCCAUUAUCAGCAACCAUCAGUCCUGUGUUCCAAUGGCACGUUGUGUUUGUUAAUCCAAGUUUAUAAUUUUAUAAACCUAAUUUAUCAUUAGAAAACCCUUUUGCAAUUAUGUUAGCACAGCUGAAAACUGUUGUGCUGAUUAAAGAAGCAAUAAAACUGGCCUUCUUGAGACUAGUUGAGUAUCUGGAGCAUCAGCAAUUGUGGUUCGAUUACAGGCUCAAAAUGGCCAGAAACAAAUAACUUUCUUCUGAAACUCGUCAGUCUAUUCUUGUUCUGAGAAAUGAAGGCUGUUCCAUGCGAGAAAUUGCCAAGAAACUGAAGAUCUCGUACAACGCUGUGUACUACUCCCUUCACAGAACAGCGCAUAUCUCAGACUGGCCAAUAAAAAGAUGGGCAAAAGAACACAGACACUGGACAGAGGAAGAUUGGAAAAAAAGUGUUAUGGACAGACGAAUCGAAGUUUGAGGUGUUUGGUUCACAAAGAAGAACAUUUGUGAGACGCAGACCAAAUGAAAUAUGCUGGAAGAGUGCUUGAUGCCAUCUGUCAAGCAUGGUGGAGGCAAUGUGAUGGUCUGGGGGUGCUUUGGUGGUGGUAAAGUGGGAGAUUUGUACAGGGUAAAAGGGAUCUUGAAGAAGGAAGGUUAUCACUCCAUUUUGCAACGCCAUGCCAUACCCUGUGGACGGCGCUUGAUUGGAGCCAAUUUCCUCCUACAACAGGACAAUGACCCAAAGCACAGCUCCAAACUAUGCAAUAACUAUUUAGGGAAGAAGCAGUCAGCUGGUAUUCUGUCUAUAAUGGAGUGGCCAGCACAGUCACCGGAUCUCAACCCUAUUGAGCUGUUGUGGGAGCAUCUUGACCGUAUGGUACGUAAAAAGUGCCCAUCAAGCCAAUUCAACUUGUGGGAGGUGCUUCAGGAAGCAUGGGGUGAAAUCUCUUCAGAUUGACAACUAGAAUGCCAAAGGUCUGCAAGGCUGUAAUUGCUGCAAAUAGAGGAUUCUUUGACGAAAGCAAAGUUUGAAGAACACAAUUAUUAUUUCUAUUAAAAAUCAUUAUUUCUAACCUUGUCAGUGACUACAUUUCCAAUGCAUUUUGCUAUAUUUCCUAUUCAAACUCAUUUCAUGUAUGUUUUCAUGGAAAACAAGGACAUUUCUAAGUGACCCCAAACUUUUGAAUGGUAGUGUGUAUAUAUAUAUAUAUAUAUAUAUAUAUAUUAUUAGAAAGUGCUUCUAGGUCCAAGAUUAGGUUUAAUCGAUAGCCGGGAAUCCACCCCUAUAAGUGUAACUUUUUAGAGAACUUAGAACAGUAUCCAAACAAGCGCCUGCCAGGCUUGGAAAUGCACUUAUAGGGUAACAUUUUCCCCUCACAAAGGAACAGCUGCCCUGUGAAAUAACACACAGCAACAUUCUAAAUAACGGGAGAUCUAAAUCACCUCUAGAUUGAAUUGCAUGAAGUGCGUGUAUCACGCAGUAACUGAAUCUCUGGUUAAAACUAAAGUGCCUCCUCACGGAUAUUGUUAAAGACCAUGGAUUGUGUGACUGUCCUAAUACGGACACCGUAUUAAAGGGGUAUUCAAAUCCCAGCCUGGAGGUCUGGAGUCUGCUGGUUUUCUGUUCUACCUGAUAAGUAAUUGCACACACCUGGUGUCCCAGGUCUAAAACAGUCCCUGAUUUAGAGGGGAAUAAUUAAAAUCAGCAGUGGAACUGGCUUCAAGGUCCAAAUUUGAAUAUCCCUGCCAUAUUCUAUAGAUGUGUGACUGUCCUAAUAUGGACACCGUACUCCUCUCAACAGGAAGGCCAUGAACGAUAUCUCCUCUCUGGUCAAAGACAUGAAUGAGUCCUCAGCUUCUGUGUUCAUGGGCUCGGUCACUGGGGUCAUAGUGAAGCCCAAAGAGAAGGACAUCGAGGAGGUCUCCUUUGGCUACUCCUCCAGCUCCAGCAUUAAGGUGGGUGGAUUUCAUUUUAGUCAUUUAGCAGACGCUCUCAUCCAGAGCCCCUUACAGGAGCAAUUAGGGUUAAGUGCCUUGCUCAAGGGCACAUCGACAGAUUUUUCACCUAGUCGGCUCGGGGAUUAGAACCAGCGACCUUUCGGUUACUGGCACAACGCUCUUACCCACUAAGCUACCUGCCGCCCUAUGGAUGGAUGGAUGGAUGGGAUGGACAAAAAAUAAAAUAUGCUUUAAUGUCCCAUAGGUACAUUUGCUCUGCCCCCUUUUAAAGUUGGGCAGAGGUCAGACUUUCCUAUCUUAGACAUUUGAGGUCUGAUAGGUGUGGUCAACUAGGGUAUGGCUGUAGCUGGGGACGGCUGUAGCUGGGGACGGCUGUAGCUGGGUACGGCUGUAGCUGGGGACGGCUGUAGCUGGGGACGGCUGUAGCUGGGGACGGCUGUAGCUGGGGACGGCUGUAGCUGGGGAGGUGUACGGGGACGGCUGUAGCUGUGGUAGGCUUGUUGCUGGCUGUAGCAGACGGCUGUAGAUGGUAGGGUACUGGGACUGUAGCUGGGUAGGCUGUAGCUGGGACGGCUGUAGUGGACGGCUGUAGCUGGGGACGGCUGUAGCUGGGGACGGCUGUAGCUGUUGUAUCAGUAUUACAUAGUAUUUUCCCAUACAUAGUGAGGCCACAGGAGGUUGGUGGCACCUUAAUUGGGGAGGACGGCCUCGUGGUAAUGGCAGGAGCGGAAUCAGGGGAAUGGUAUCAAAUACAUCCAACAUGGUUUCCAUGUGUUUGAUGCCAUUCCAUUUGCUCCGUUCCGGCCAUUAUUAUGAGCCGUCCUCCCCUCAGCAGCCUCCUGUGGUGAGGUCCAGAUAAACUAACAUUUUUUUUUUUGUCACUUUCCCAAAAUUCUCUGGUCUUCCAGAAAACCUGGUUGGAUCAGGAGGCAAUAAGCAGGAAAUCCGGAAUUCUCCAACCUAUAGAUUUCUGGAAAAACCUAGACAUUUUGCGAAAGUUAGCAGGUUUUUUACAACCCUCUGUGUGUCUGACUGUGUUCUGGUUUGUUGUUGUUCAGAUUGUGGAAGAUCGGGGGAAACUGGGUGCCUUCUCUAGGUCUGUAUCAGUCACAAAGGAAGCGUUUGAAAAGGCCUUCAAGUUAACCAACGGCAGUGCAUUUGCCGGUGUUUUCCGAUUCCCCAACAUGUCCAAGGUAUAUCUAAGACUUCAAUUGUCCUUUCACUGAAAUAAGAAAAUCAAAUGACAGUUGGUGUGGUGCCACUAAGGUCGCAGAAUUCCGGUCCCAAUUUUCCCAAAAUACCUGGAUUCCGGAUUCCCUACUUACUCCCUCCACUUUCCUGGAGUUUUCCAACUGGUAUUUCCGGAAAACCAGAGCAUUUUGGGAGGGUUAUCGGAAUUUUGCAAUCCUAGGGGUGCUAUGGUUGUCAUGGUUGUCAUGGACGCUCUUUCUUCCAGGAUGCAAAUAACAGCACAGUUCUGCAUAACGAGGUGGUAGCGAUCGAGAUGGGCACCAUCAUUGCCAAUCUAACCGACCACAUAAAUCUUAAUUUUCGAAAUGUCCAGAAGGUAAAUGAUGAUGCUCUUUACUAGUGCCAGUUAAUGUUACCAGUAUGUGGGAUAUAAUACAUUGGCCCCUAAGAGGAAAAGUAGCUUUGAAAAUGUACCAUAGAUGUACUGUAGGCUGAGGAACAUGACACACAGACUCAUCAAAAGGUUCAGUUCAGACCUCUUGGUGUAAUAGAGGUUGGACUGACAGAAUCAGAAUCACCUUUUAUUCGUCAAGUACAUUUACACGUAGCAGGAAUUUGACCUGGUGAAAUGGUGCUGCCACAAUACACAGAAUAUACAGGCAAAAUAAGACUUUACACAGGAAACUGGGUUGAAUCCCGGUCGGUCUAACCCCCAAAUUUGCUGCAUUUGGUGUGAAACGAUUAUUCUAAAUACUGUACGAGUACAUCAGCCCUACCCAUAAUGCACUACUUUUUUUUCCACCAGGGGGGAGCCAUUCCAUCGUGCCAGUCGUGGGACGGUAAAGGUAUUUAGCUGCCAUUACAUUUCCUUACUGAUUUGCAUACUAUACGAGGUAAGGUUUGAAAUGGGCAUACUUCUUCAAGUAAGCAUAGCGAGUAGCUAGUAAACUGUAGUAAGCAAUAUGCAGGGCACAUCUUAGUAUGCUUAAAAGACCCAGGAAGUCACACUCACUGCAUUUGUUGAAGAAAUUGAUUACAGUACGAGGCCACUGUUCAGGAAGUACACCGGUACUCACGCAGUGUGCAGGUACUUAGUAUGUAGUAGCCGAUUCUCAACCUUUUUCCCCUCAUAGGAAGUCGACCCAACUGGACAGACGAUGGCUGUUUGACCUUUGUGAAAGGGGACAACAUAACCUGCAAGUGUACACACCUGACUUUCUUUGCUGUGCUAAUGGUAGGUUCCCUCGUUCUCUUAUAGGGUUGCAAAAUUCCGGUAACGUUCCCAAAAUUCCCAGGUUUUCCACAAAUCCCGGUUGGAGGAUUCUCGGAUUUCCUGGUAAUUCCCUCCUUAUCUUCAAACUGGGAUUUCUGAAAAACCUUGGAAUUUUGGGAACGUUACCAGAAUUUUGGGAACGUUACCAGAAUUUUGCAACCCUAUUCUUUUACCAGUUACUCUGUUGUUGGGAGGGCCAGUAAACAUUUCACUGUUAGUCUACACCUGUUGUUUGUUUACCAAGCAUGUGACAAAUCAAAUUGGAUUUGAUUUAAUAAUGUUGCAUAUGCUCUAGAUUGUUGCUGCUUUCAUUUCAAUUCUAAGCAGAUCUAUUUGAAAUAGUAAAACAAAAAAAAAGAUUUCUAAUACAUGAAUCUGUUCAUCACUAACCUGUGCCUCUUUUUCAGUCCCCUCCGAACCAGACGAUCUCAGACAGUGAUCUGAACUCUCUCACCUACAUCACCUAUGUGGGGUGUGGCAUGUCCAUGUUCUUCCUGGGCGUGGUUCUCUUCAUGCACUUCCUGCUAAGGUAGGUCGCUCCGCCAACUGUCAUUAUGGCACUGGUCACUACUUCCUGCUAAGGUAGGUCGCUCCGCCAACUGUCAUUAUGGCACUGGUCACUACUUCCUGCUAAGGUAGGCCGCUCCACCAACUGUCAUUAUGGCACUGGUCACUACUUCCUGCUAAGGUAGGUAGCUCCACCAACUGUCAUUAUGGCACUGGUCACUACUUCCUGCUAAGGUAGGUAGCUCCACCAACUGUCAUUAUGGCACUGGUCACUACUUCCUGCUAAGGUAGGUAGCUCCGCCCAACUGUCAUUAUGGCACGGUCACUACUUCUGCUAAGGUAGGUCGCUCCACCAACUGUCAAUUAUGCAUGGCACUACUUCCUGCCAAGGUAGGUCGCUCCACCAACUGUCAUUAUUGCACUGGUCACUACUUCCUGCUAAGGUAGGCCGCUCCACCAACUGUCAUUAUGGCACUGGUCACUACUUCCUGCUAAGGUAGGUAGCUCCGCCCACUGUCAUUAUGGCACUGGUCACUACUUCCUGCUAAGGUAGGUCGCUCCACCAAACUGUCCAUGAUUGCACUGGUCACGUCUUCCUGCUAAGGUAGGUAGCUCCGCCCAACUGGUCAUUAUUGGUAUGGAUCACGACUUCCUGCUAAGGUAGGUAGCUCUGCCCACUGUCAUUAUGGUACUGGUCACUACUUCCUGCAAAGAUAGGUAGCUCCGCCCACUGUCAUUAUGGCACUGGUCACUACUUCCUGCUAAGGUAGGUAGCUCCGCCCACUGUCAUUAUGGCACUGGUCACUACUUCCUGCUAAGGUAGGUAGCUCCGCCCACUGUCAUUAUGGCACUGGUCACUACUUCCUGUAUCUGAGAAAACAUAAGGGCUGUUAAAUCCUUCCUUUCCUCCGUCCUUGUUUCCUCAAUUCUUGUCAAAGCGCAUUGCAGGAGGAUGUCCGAGGGAGUGUGGAUAUUAAAAACGAAGCCCAUGGCCAGCCCGUCUCCACACGUAGCAAUGAUCUCCAUUCACCUAAAAACUGAUUUUAAACUUAACCACACUGCUAACCUUGUGCCUAACCUUAAAUUAAGACCAAAAAGGUUAUUUUUUGUUUUCAUAAAUGUUUUAUAUAGCCAAUUACGACUCUGGCCAUCUAAUGGGGUCCCUUGACCUACUAACCCCUGAACUUUGACCUCUUAACUUCUAACCUGUAAUGUGACCUCCAGGAAGUCGAAGUCAAACAAAACCACCCGGAUCCUGAUCCAGCUGUUCCUGUCCAUGUUCAUGCUCAACGUCACCUUCCUGUCCAAUGAGUGGGUGGCCAGCCUGAACAGCCCAGUGGCCUGCCAGAUGAUGGCUGCUGCCAUGCACUACUCCAUGCUGUCCACCUUCACCUGGUUCGCCGUGGAGGCCUUCCACCUCGGUCAGCAGCUCUUCAAGUCAGGCGCCAUCACCAUACCACGCUACAUCAUGAAAGUCUGCAUCGCCGGGUGGGGUGAGUGGUCUGAUACUUAGGUUGCGUUAGCUACUGUGGGUACUUGUAGGUUUUGAAUGACCCAAAGAUAGGGUUGUACUCUGGGUUAGUUAGCUUUAGGUAGGGCCGGUUUUGGGAUGUUAGGCAUUAUGAUGUAAGGAUAAUGUACCGACUUUGGGGGGGGUUGCUCAGGUAGGGAUUUGAUGUCUUCAACCUGUGCCUGAGGGGUCCAAUUGAGUGUCAGUAUCACUGUUUUUUUUUUUGUUGUUGUUGCAAAUGGUUAAAGAAUGUAAUAUACUACUUACCUUUUGUUUGAUCCAUGUCCUCUGCCUUAGUCCUGCCCAGCGUGGUAGUGAUCAUACUCUUCAGUCUGGGGAAAUACGGAAAACAGAGCACCUACACUGACGGAGGGAAGGUGAUGUACACGUGAGUCUCACUAACGAAGUAAUACCUGAUAAACAUUUGAUUUUUCACAGGAAAAUAACUUGGUAGAGUCUCAGACCCAAGCCAGGCUUGACCCUGUCCCCUCAGUCUUAUUAUUCUGCUAUGAAGGUCCUGGAUCCUAGACAUAAUGAACAUCAGCCACUACACUACAUAUACCCUAACUCAAUACCAACUACACUACAUAGUGAAAUAACUCUCCUCCCCUCAAUACCAACUACACUGCAUAGUGAAAUAACUCUCCUCCCCUCAAUACCAACUACACUACAUAGUGAAAUAACUCUCCUCCCCUCAAUACCAACUACACUACAUAGUGAAAUAACUCUCCUCCCCUCAAUACCAACUACACUACAUAGUGAAAUAACUCUCCUCCCCUCAAUACCAACUACACUACAUAGUGAAAUAACUCUCUCCCUCAAUACACUACUACAUAGUGAAUAACUCUCCUCCCUCAAUACCAACUACACUACAUAGUGAAAUAACUCUCCUCCCCUCAAUACCAACUACACUACAUAGUGAAAUAACUCUCCUCCCCUCAAUACCAACUACACUACAUAGUGAAAUAACUUCUCCCCUCAAUACAUCACUCUAGUGAAAUAACUCCCCCAAUACAACUACACUACAUACUGAAAACUUCCUCCCUCUAUACCAACUACACUACAUAGUAAAAUACUAUAAGUUCUUGCUAGGUAACCAAAUGACACCUGCAUCUCUAGCUGUGUAAAGAUACCGAAAAUGAUACAGUGGCUUGCGAAGGUAUUCACCCCCCUUGGCAUUUUUCCUAUUUUGUUGCCUUACAACCUGUAAUUAAAAUUGAUUUUUGGGGGGGUUUGUAUCAUUUGAUUUACACAACAUCCCUACCACUUUGAAGAUGCAAAAUAUUUUUUAUUGUGAAACAAACAAAACAGAAAACUUGAGCGUUCAUAACUAUUCACCAAAAGGUGUAGAGACACCUUUUGCAGCAAUUACAGCUACAAGUCCCUUGGGGUAUAUCUCUAUAAGCUUGGCACAUCUAGCCACUGGGAGUUUUGCCCAUUCUUCAAGACAAAACUGCUCCAGCUCCUUCAAGUUGGAUGGGUUCCGCUGGUGUACAGCAAUCUAUAAGUCAUACCACAUAUUCUCAAUUGGAUUGAGGUCUGGGCUUUGACUAGGCCAUUCCAAGACAUUUAAAUGUUUCCCCCUUAAACCACUCAAGUGUUGCUUUAGCAGUAUGCUUAGGGUCAUUGUCCUGUUGGAAGGUGAACCUCUGUCCCAGUCUCAAAUCUCUGGAAGAUUGAAACAGGUUUCCCUCAAGAAUAUCCCUGUAUUUAGCGCCAUCCAUCAUUCCUUCAAUUCUGACCAGUUUCCCAGUCCCUGCCGAUGAAAAACAUCUCCACAGCAUGAUGCUGCCACCACCAUGCUUCACUGUGGGGAUAGUGUUCUCGGGGUGAUGAGAGGUGUUGGUUUUGUGCCAGACAUAGCGUUUUCCUUGAUGGCCAAAAAGCUCAAUUUUAGUCUCAUCUGACCAGAGUACCUUCUUCCAUAUGUUUGGGGAGUCUCCCACAUGCCUUUUGGCGAACACCAAACGUGUUUGCUUAUUUUUUUCCUUAAGCAAUGGCUUUUUUCUGCCCACUCUUCCGUAAAGCCCAGCUGUGUGGAGUGUACGGCUUAACGUGGUCCUAUGGACAGAUACUCCAAUCUCCACUGUGGAGCUUUGCAGCUCCUUCAGGGUUAUCUUUGGUCUCUUUGUUGCCUCUCUGAUUAAUGCCCUCCUUGCCUGGUCCGUGAGUUUUGGUGGGCGGCCCUCUCUUGGCAGGUUUGUUGUGGUGCCAUGUUCUUUCAAUUUUUUAAUAAUGGAUUUAAUGGUGCUCCGUGGGAUGUUCAAAGUUUCUGAUAUUUUUUUAUAACCCAACCCUGAUCUGAACUUCUCCACAACUUUGUCCCUGACCAGUUUGGAGAGCUCCUUGGUCUUCAUGGACCGCUUGCUUGGUGGUGCCCCUUGCUUAGUGGUGUUGCAGACCUUUCAGAACAGGUGUAAAUAUACUGAGAUCAUGUGACAGAUCAUGUGACAUUUAGAUUGCACACAGGUGGACUUUAUUUAACUAAUUAUGUGACUUCUGAAGGUAAUUGGUUGCACCAGAUCUUAUUUAGGGGCUUCAUAGCAAAGGGGAUGAAUACAUAUGCACACACCACUUUUUUUUUUUUUUUUUUAAACAAUAAUUUUUUUCAUUCCACUUCACCAAUUUGGACUAUUUUGUGUAUGUCCAUUUACAUGAAAUCCAAAUAAAAAAUCAAUUUAAAUUACAGGUUGUAAUGCAACAAAAUAGGAAAAACGCCAAGGGGGAUGAAUACUUUUGCAAGGCACUGUAACGCUCCUUCCCUCAAUACCAGCUACAGUCGUGGUCAAACGUUUUGAGAAUGACACAAGUAUUGGUCUUCACAAAGUUCGCUGCUUCAGUGUUAUGAGAUUUUUUUGUCAGAUGUUACUAUGGUAUACUGAAGUAUAAUUACAAGCAUUCCAUAAGUGUCAAAGGCUUUUAUUGACAAUUACAUUAAGUUUACGCAAAGAGUCAAUAUUUGCAAUGUUGACCCUUCUUUUUCAAGACCUCUGCAAUCCGCCCUGGCAUGCUGUCAAUUAACUUCUGGGCCACAUCCUGACUGAUGGCAGCCGAUUCUUGCAAAAUCAAUGCUUGGAGUUUGUCAGAAUUUGUGGGUUUUUGUUUGUCCACCCGCCUCUUGAGGAUCGACCACAAGUUCUCAAUGGGAUUAAGGUCUGGGGAGUUUCCUGGCCAUGGACCCAAAAUGUUGAUGUUUUGUUCCCCGAGCCACUUAGUUAUCACUUUUGCCUUAUGGCAAGGUGCUCCAUCAUGCUGGAAAAGGCAUUGGUCGUCACCAAACUGUUCUUGGAUGGUUGGGAGAAGUUGCUCUCGGAGGAUGUGUUGAUUCCAUUAUUUUAUUCAUGGCUGUGUUCUUAGGCAAAUUGUGAGUGAGCCCACUCCUUUGGCUGAGAAGCAACCCCACACAUGAAUGGUCUCAGGAUGCUUUACUGUUGGCAUGACACAGGACUGAUGGUAGCGCUCACCUUGUCUUCUCCGGACAAGGUGUUUUCCGGAUGCCCCAAACAAUCAGAAAGGGGAUUCAUCAGAGAAAAUGACUUUACCCCAGUCCUCAGCAGUCCAAUCCCUGUACCUUUUGCAGAAUAUCAGUCUGUCCCUGAUGUUUUUCCUGGAGAGAAGUGGCUUCUUUGCUGCCCUUCUUGACACCAACCUAUCCUCCAAAAGUAUUCGCCUCACUGUGCGUGCAGAUGCACUCACACCUGCCUGCUGCCAUUCCUGAGCAAGCUCUGCACUGGUGGUGCCCCGAUCCCGCAGCUGAAUCAACUUUAGGAGACGGUCCUGGCGCUUGCUGGACUUUCUUGGGCGCCCUGAAGCCUUCUUCACAACAAUUGAACCGCUCUCCUUGAAGUUCUUGAUGAUCCGAUAAAUGGUUGAUUUAGGUGCAAUCUUACUAGCAGCAAUAUCCUUGCCUGUGAAGCCCUUUUUGUGCAAAGCAAUGAUGACGGCACGUGUUUCCUUGUAGGUAACCAUGGUUAACAGAGGAAGAAUAAUGAUUUCAAGCACCACCCUCCUUUUAAAGCUUCCAGUCUGUUAUUCUAACUCAAUCAGCAUGACAGUGAUCUCCAGCCUUGUCCUCGUCAACACUCUCACCUGUGUUAACGAGAGAAUCACUGACAUGAUGGCAGCUGGUCCUUUUGUGGCAGGGCUGAAAUGCAGUGGAAAUGUUUUUGGGGGAUUAAGUUCAUUUUCAUGGCAAAGAGGGACUUUGCAAUUCAUCUGAUCACUCUUCAUGACAUUCUGGAGUAUAUGCAAAUUGCCAUCAUCAAAACUGAGGCAGCAGACUUUGUGAAAAUUUGUAUUUGUGUCAUUCUCAAAACUUUUGACCACGACUGUACACUACAUAGUGAAAUAAAUCUCCUAACCUCUAUCUCUAGGUGCUGGAUACCUAACACCCUAACUCAUAUCCCCUCUAUCUCUAGGUGCUGGAUCCUGGAUACCUAACACCCUAACUCAUAUCCCCUCUAUCUCUAGGUGCUGGAUCCUGGAUAUUGACGUGCACUACAUAGUCAACAUCGGCUACUAUGCGCUGGUCUUCCUCUUCACGUUCACCACCUUCAUCGUGGUUCUGCGCUGGCUGUUCUACCUUAAGAGCACCAAGAUCAAGGUUGUUAUGGUUACCAACGUAAAGACCUUAACAUCCCAUAGUUUCGCAUAAAUGCGGAAGAAUUCUAAACAAAAGGGACCAGGCGAUGGAGCAAAAAAAAAAAAGAUUGGGAAAUAGCAGCACAGAACGUUAAGCCGUUAAUAAUAUACGGUAGGCCAUUUAGCAGACGCCUUUUAUCCAAAGCGCCUUAGUCUUGCGUACAGACGUUUUCUGUACGGGUGGCACCACCCGUGGCACAGAGGACCACGGAGAAGUGGAAGAUAAAACACAUUGAGUGAAUUUCAGCUAACUACUUAAACUGUUUUACUGUCAUUCGAUUCAUUGAAACGUUUUUUUUUUUUUUUUCAAAAUACCUACAGCCACUUUAUUAAUUCAUUUCCUGACUGCUGUCAUGUGAUCAAUGCUCAUCCUGUAGAGUCUUUAGCUAUCUUAGCAACGGCGCUGGCCACAAUCAUUUGUCCAAUUUCUUUUUAUAUUUGGCAUGUGAAUACAAUGUUGUCCUAAGUAACCACAGAUCAUACAUCAGCAGAUGGUAAUUCUAGUUCUAUUUGAUGUCAACAGAGCAGACCCCAGCUAAAAUGGCUGACAAAUUGUUCCAUUUCAUGGUGUAGGGACUCUAUGACAUCUGGCUAAGGUUCUAUAUCUAUGGUUGUAACCUUGUGAUCCUGACCCUAGACCAAGCUGGGCAUGGACCAGGCCCAGCAGCAAGGGACAGGCACCAAGGACAUAGUGACGGUGAUGGGGCUGUGCUGUCUGCUGGGAAUCACCUGGAGCUUUGCCUUCUUCGCCCACGGGGUCCUCAAGGUUCCCUCCUACUACAUCUUCACCAUCCUCAACUCAUUCCAAGGUAGAUUAAAGACAAGACAGAUAUAAAUUGUAAUAUAUAUUUGAUCUCAUAACAAAGGUAUCCUGGAGUUAUUUGGAUUCUAUUAUCAUUCAAUAUCACCGUCUCUCUCUCUAGGUUUCUUUAUGUUCCUCUACUACUACAACACCAGUAGAGUAAUCGGGGAGACCACCAAGGACGACAGAACCAGUAGCAAAUGCUCCACGUUGUCCAACACAGUCAACACCACCCAGGAGAACCCAUACGUUGACCUAGGUCAACGCCACCCUUACCAGUCAACUAAUCACCAAUCCUAGACAGUGCAGAGGCUGGUGAGAGGAGGACGGCUCAUAAUAA